UUUUCUGUUGAAGGACAUUCUCGCGCUCUCAUCGUAAAACUAAAACCUCUUGAUUUGGCUUUGGAAAAUCAUACCACAAUAGAAUAUCCACAGGGGAAGACAUAUGUCGUGCUAACUCGGAAACAUCUUGGCGCCUACUCUAAUGGAAAUAGGUCAGCGAUUACAUACAAGAUAGUGAGCGGACCGGAGAAUGGCACAUUCUACUGGGUAGCCGGUGAAAAAGAGGCUAAACAGUUCACCCAACAGGACAUAGACGAAGGGAAAAUUCUUUAUGCUCAGCUCAAUAUGCACUCUUAUAAGGAUAGUUUCGAGUUUAUCAUGGCCAAUACCGAGAAGGGGGUGGUCCGCAACCGAUCUAAUAUCAUUGUCAAACCUUUAGUAACUGCUCAGCCCGUGAUUGUUGAGACAAAUAGUGCAGUGCCACUAACGCCCAGCCAACUCAAUGCAAGCGCUUUGCAGGGCUCAACGCCACGAUUUCUUAUCACUUCCACUCCUGCAUACGGUCGCAUCUCGCUGGAUCCCAUGGCUAACCAUUCCGCUACUUUUUUCACAUUUCCGGAUAUCAUUCGUGGAAGAGUAUUCUACCAGGCUUUCAGCGUUGAAAGAGAGCAAGGAACCUAG